UCUCUCCAGGGUUAUUGCAUGGUGGGAGGUAGGUUCAGGGCUUGGUGGUAUGAAUGAAAGAGAGAGAGGAAAUCUGGACUGAAAAGCUCAAACUGGAAUAGCUCGCCUGUCUCCAGGCAACAGGCCUGACGCAACCGCUGGAAAAAAAAAAAAAAAGUCCCUUAAAUAAAAAAAAAACCACACACACACACAGAUUUCUGAAGCGAGACAGAGAGGAGGAUGAGACAGUCUCCUGAAGGCACUGGUGACACUGCUCUGCAAAUACCAAGUUGGAGACCCGAGGCAGAAGGAGGGAGCCAAGAUGUCCGUGCAAUCUUUCCUCUGACUCUGUCCCCGGUGUUCAUCCAGGGCCAGCGUGGUGCAUGAGCGGGAGCCACCACCACCACAGCUGGCUUCCCACAAGCUGCAUUUGGCACACCACAGGAGCUGGUCCAGCCCUGAGGCUUUCCUGCCUCCAUCCCUGACCCCUUGCAGCACACCCCUAUGCCAUCUGUCUCCCAAAGAGGAUGUCUCUACCCAAAAUCCAAAUAGAAGAGACACUGGACAGUACGGAUGCCGGCUCUGGAGGUGCUGCUCCUCCUGAUGACCAUCUGAGGAGCCUCAAGGCGCUGACGGAGAAGCUGAGGCUCGAGACCAGGCGCCCAUCCUACCUGGAGUGGAAGGCAAAGCUGGAGGAGCAGGCAUGGAAGAGCCCCCAGCCAGCAGGAGAGGAGGAGGAGGAGGAGGAGGAGGAGGCAACCAAGGCCAAAAAGGCCAUGGGGGAGACUGUGCCCUUGAGGAAGGUGCAGCUGCAUCUCAAUGGGAGCCCUGCCCAGGACAAGGUGACUCUUACCUCAGGGAGAAUAGGUGGCUUUGAGAGCAUCGAUGAAGCUUUGACGUGGCUCAGGAAGGAACUGGCAGAGAUGCGCCUGCAGGACCAGCAACUGGCAAGGCAGCUCAUGCGCCUUCGCAGCGACAUCAACAAGCUGAAGAUCGAGCAGACCUGCCACCUGCACCAGCGCAUGCUCAAUGAUGCCACGUACGAGCUGGAGGAGAGGGAUGAGCUCUCCGACCUCUUCUGCGACUUUCCCCUCGUGAGCUCCUUCAGCCUCUCCACGCCGCUCAAGCUCAUUGGGGUCACCAAGAUGAACAUCAACUCCCGCCGGUUCUCGCUGUGCUGAAGUGGGAAGAAGAGGGAAGGAUGGGGGAGAAAGAGAGAGGACUGGGCAGCGCCAGGGCUCUCUCCGCCUCAUGGCUGGGUGAAAAGAGGCCAAAGAGGGGCAGAGGGAACAGGAGCAAACAGGGAACCCACAGCUGGUCUUAGCAGCAGGGCAGAGCAGCAGAGCUGAGGUGGCACGGAGAUGCUCAUUGAGAAGACAGGACCUGCACAGAGGAACCGUGGAGAGCAUCUGAACCCAAGACGUGCACUCAGCCUGCUCCUUUGCAGUCUCUUCUCCUUCUUUUCCCCGCACAGCAACUAAGAGAACGCAGCUCAAAUGUGGCUGUUUGCACUCAGAAAUCAAAAGGAGGGGCUGACAAAGAUCAACCACAAAGCAAAGUAAAAUCCCUUUUCCCUUCCCCUUUACCUCCUCCCAGGCUAGAGCCGUCUCUUUAGAGUCAUUCUCCUCCCUGGAUGUCUCCUUGGACAUCAAUCCUCAGCCUCUGCUGGCCCAAGCACAGGGUCCAUGGGGCUAUUUCAGGUAGGGAGCUGAUUUUCAGUGGAAAGGAGCCCUCCAAGCAGGUGAGGGACUGUGGUUUACGUGGUAUGCAGCUCCAACAAGCGGUAAGAAGAUGUGUUUCUUGACAUGCUCCAUUGAGUCCAGUGUACUCUAGCUUAAUUUUGCCUGUGGUAUAGAUUAUGGACAGAUCACGAACACUUUUAUAUAGAGACUCCAGACAGACAGAAGUCACCUGUGUGCCCUAGAAGUUAUACCCAGAGCAAUAUGUGUUCCUGAUCUUGUUGUCAGCAGUGGCCACAAGACACCGUGUGGUUACCCCCACAAGCAGUAAGGCAAAGGAGGUAACUUACACCAAGACAUCUCAUAUCAGAGAAAUCACCCCCAGGCUAACAUUCCCCCAACAGCAGCACCAGCAAAUCCUGGAUCCUCUGUAGCAACACACAUCUAUCAGAGAAAGGAACUUCAGGAGGAGAAAAGGGACUUUUGUGUAAUGAACAUAAAAUGUGACUAUAAAAUUAAAGGGAGAAAUAUUGCUGCGAUGAGCUUUGGACCUGCAGUAUACAUACGAGAUUCCCUCCCUGCUUGGCAGUAUAAAAGAUGGAUGCUAUAUUUUCUUGCCUUUCAGUGCACAUACCUGCACACCUGCCUAUACGUGGCACGGUGGGCAGAGACACCCGUGGUGUAGCCCAGCAAGGGCAGGGACUCAAGGGGACUAGCCAUGGCAAUCUUGGGACACCUGGCACCCAAGACAGUCUGUCUAGAGGGAGCGUGGGUGCCUCUAGGCUCUCCCUCCUGUGCCAACACCUCUCCUGGCCGUGUCAGAGCACUGAAAUGUUUCAACCCAUCACCCCAGCCCAACUCUGCUCUCCGCCACGCGCCCAAGCAGAGAGCUCUGUGGCUGAGUGAACGUGACUGUGGCCACACAGCACCAGCCCAAGCCCUGGGGACGAGCGGGAGAUGCAAGCCAGCGCAGGGCUGAAAGCUGUGUGGCUGUGUUGAUGUGCCUGUACCCGACUGUGUCUAUAAGCUCUGUGUGUGUGUAAGUUGUUGUGUGUGUGCAUGUGAGCCCGCUGGAUGCCUCUCUUGGGAGGCUGAUUGGUAGACCCAUGUCUUUGUUCCCAAACGUGAUGUGAACCAGAAGCCGAUGAGACUCUGCUGAGCCUGGGAAGAUGCAAUGAGGCUUCAAGACUUGGGGUUUCAACAGAGUGCUUAGGUCAAUGCAGAGAAGGCAAAUAAUUUGUCUGCCUCCACAGGAGGAACAAAUUAACAUCGUGAAGGGGUUCAUAGACACAUAGGGCUGGGGACUGGCAGGGGACCCUGGGGCUGAGUUCAGUCCUCUAUCUCCCGUAGUACGUAACCCCUCAGUGACGCCUCCCUCUCCACUUCAAAGGUCACUGAGUAUCAUUUCUUUCUGCUAAAGAAGGUGGUAUCUGGGGCACUGGAGCUCUAUCUAUAUCUGUAAGUUAAUCAGUGCAUUGCCUGGGUGCUGAAACUUGCCCAGGCAGUGAAGGCUUAAUCGGGUUGUGGCCUCUGGGCAGGACAAGCAGCCACGAUGCUGUUUAGUUUACUAGUAGAGAAAUAGCCUUAUUUCCCCAUGGACAUCUUGGAAAAAAAAAAAAAAACAACACUUCAUUAAAAUUCAUCUUUGUUUACUUUUUUAAUUAAAAAAUGAAUUCAUGUCCCACAUGUUGAUUUUCAGAAGCAUUUUUGAUCAAAAGAUAACAACGACAACUUUUCAGUGAAAAUAAUGCCUUGAAGAGGGGGGCUGGUUCUCUCUAGGAUCAGCUAGAGCCAACUAUAGGAUGGACCUGCCUUUGGGCUCUUGUCUGUAGCCAAAUGCAGGAGGUUAGUACAAGCACAGUCUUAGGAGGCCAUUAUAUGUGGCAUUAGAAAUAUCAGAUGUCUGGGUUCCAGACAUGUAUUUUCUGCAUUAAGUGGAACGGAGGAUGGUUAUAACUGCCAGCUGUUUGUUGAAAUGCACAAUUUUUUAAUUAUAAAAUUAUGUCUGUAUUGAUUUCUGCCUCUGGUCUCUCACUGUGUUCAGCAGCUCCAGCUCUGCCUGGCGAGCGGUCGGGGAAGCACCAGUCUGGUGUGUUCAAGGUUUACAGGUGUGCAAGGUUUCCGGGCAGGUUUCUCUAUCCAAACACAUCACUGGGAUGCCCCUAUAGCUCCAUCAGCAAUUGCCCCACCUUGCAGUCUGGAGGAGACGGAAUGAAAUUAAGGUGGGAACACUACGUAUUUAGACAAAAAUGUAUGGGAAAGCCCCCCCCCAAAAAAAAUCACUCUUUUAAAUUAAGUGCUGUUUUGUUAGUCAGUCACUGAGUCAAAAGUGGGUCCAGGCACUUAAAAUUUAUCAGGCUAGGGAAGAAAAAUAAAUAGAAGCAUGUCUGAUUCUUGCUAGAAUUUUGUAAAAAACCCAAGUAAACCAAAGGUUGGGUGGGCCUUGAGAAAUGUGAGUUUAGGUCACUGCUCCCACCACAAAAACUCCCAGAAAGGAGCCACCAGGUCUCAGCUGUCUGCAAUGAGACGAUUCAGGCCCUCGGGUGAUGGUUCCUCUCCUCAUACAAAUGACUCAGAGCCACAUCCCCUUUCCUAGGUGAGCUACAAUGCCUGCAGAGAAAGGCUGGUGGCAACCAAGGCUGAUGCUGCUGGGGUCCUGAAAAUACCUGAAAAAACCAUCCUGAAAAUACCCUUUGUUGCAACCACAUGUGUCGACCACUGAAUCAAGGUGGUGGCAUCUCCACCUGGAACACCAGCGGCAUCGCGGAGGUGGCUGCUGCUCCAUCUGUUUGAAGCAGGGAUCUACUGGACAUUGAUUCAAGGGUUGUCCACACCCACCCAGCAGUGACACAUGUUCCUUGCUGAAAUUAAAGAGCGAGUUUGAAACUAGUCCAUAUGAAUAAUUAACUGCAUUAUUAAUUUAGAUGGCCAGACUGGAAGACCAUGGAUUUCUCUGGGCUAACCCGAAGACCAAAUUUCACAUUAUUUUUUCUUGCCCCCAGAAGCUCACGUAUAUGCAACUUUUGGAUGGGGGGAGUCAGUCUGGUGUUUAAUUGGUCACAUUUUGUUUUUACUUAAAACAGUUCUAAAAAUAUUAAUUUCAAACUGAAACCAUUAACAGCUCAUUU